AUGCUUGAGGAUCUUCAAGGGGCUCAGGGUGCGGGUGAGGACACUUUCACCGAGAUUGGUGAAGAGUCUUGGUACAAUCCAGAACUUGAUCUGCCUGCGAUCAACGCCUAUCUGGAAUCCUGGUCAGGCCCUCGAAGUCUCCACGUUGUCGAGAUGUUUGGUCUGUCGCGCCGGAUCCAGAAGUGUUGGGGGCGGCGUGGGUUCGCUGGUGUUUCCUUGGACAUCAAGCUGGGCGGUGUCUCUGAAGACAUUUUAUCGAAGGAUGGCUGGUACACGUACCUGGAUCGGGCAAUGAGCCUGCGUCUUGGCUACUUUAAAGCUUUUUAG